GCCAACUCUCGAUACAUAUUUUCUACCCUGUCACGUGGUCUAAAAUUGCGCACCGGGGCUGUGCAUUGCUGCCUAGUCCCACGACAACAGCCUCGGAAAGAAACAACUAAUCUUCUUAAAUCUAAACGUCCUAGCUUUUACAUCUCCACUUUGACCGCUAAUGAUAUUAGCUAGGGGGCCCGAAUGGAGGAGAGUACGACCCAAGAUGCCCUCGGUCCACAUUUAUGUCCCCCGGACGCAUUAUAUGGUUCGCUUCUAGUGUCGAACGAUUUGAACAAAAGCUUGUCGGGAUGGUUUGUCGGCGAUUUGUUGACAGAUGGGCUUGGACAAGCUCGCCAAGCAUUUAAAGACGCUGUGAAUGAAUUUAGAGUACACGUAUCAGAAAGGGAGUGCGCGACAUGGUUAGACAACUCAACCACAAUCUAUGAUGUAGAAGAAGCUGUCAAUCUCGCAAAGCAAAAAUACGAAGGAAAAUCGCCAAAGUCGCGAGCGAAGCGAUGGCUUACCAGUUGUUCUUCUAGACUGAUGUAUUACUCGGUCAUCAUGGAUACUCUGUCACAACACCACCCAGAAUAUGUCUCUUUGGCUUGGGGAGCAAUGAAGUUCUUGUUCAUCGCCGUGAUUAACCACGAAGAAUUAAUCACGGAGAUAUCAAAGACCGUUGCCAACAUUGCAGAUGUCCUACCUCGAGCCGACCUUUCCGCAAACUUAUACCCAACACAGCGGAUGAAAGUUGCAGUUGCCCGACUUUACGCUAAGAUCCUCCAAUUUGUGAGAGAGGCUAUAAAGUGGUAUAAGAAGGGAAAGCUUGCCCACUCUGUGUCGGCAAUUUUGAAGCCAUAUGACCUCAGUUUCAAAACUGUUGUCGAAGAUAUCUCCAAGGCAUCCAGACAGGUGGAUGCAGAGGCUGCAGCAGCCUGUAGGGUCGAGAUUCGAACACUUCAUCUCAAAAUCCAACAUCUUACUCAGUUAUCGACGGCGUAUUUUACUAGUCAAGGUUUGGCAUCCUCAAGUAUGGCUGAAGAACUCGCCCAACAAGCUGGAAUUUUCCGACAACGACAAAUAAUGCAGAUCGCGGCCAUACCAGUACUACGCCACAUUCCAAACCCCGACGAAUCUUUGGAUUACUGUCGCUCAAUCAAGCGCCGACGUAGGUCACAUAUUUUGCUUGACACAGCACAAAUCACUAAGCUGCAGCACUGGCAUCAAACCGCGGAUGCUUUCCCCCUCCUCAUCGCCCGCUGCAUUGGACUUCGGACAGUAACCCGAGAUUUCUCAGUGGAGUUACUCGACACCAUCCGGGGGAGUAAUGUGCCUGCAAUCUGGGCAUUAUCACAACCCAAUUGGGACGAGGAAGAACUACUGUCACUGGGGGGCCUUUUGCUCUCUUUAUCGAUGCAAGCUUUGGUUUUGAAUCCCCAGGUUCUUUCCGCAAGCAUCAAUCCAAUAUCGAGCUACCAUUUCGAAAAUAUAUCCAAUGAAGACCAGGGCUUUAAGCUGCUCCGCCGCUGCUUGAGUGGCGUGAAAAGAAUGUACAUUGUUCUUGACUUGACCUUAGUUCAUGCAGCAGUUGAAUAUAACUGCGGCCGAACAAGCACCUUUGUUCAGAACUUCAUUAAUCUAUUAUUGGGUAGGCUGGAAAAAGGCAUCAAGCUGGUUAUUGUUGCUGAGAAAUCGGAGGGAUUUCCUGCUGUCAUCGAACGCGAUCUAUUGGAAGACUCCCAGAUUUUUGUUUCUGGGCAGAAACCAGGUCCUAGAAUUCGAGAAGGAUUUCGCAGAGGAAUGACUAGGUAUUCCAGCCACGUUUUACCCGUGAGGUCAGACUCAAGAGGUGUUGAAAAUUGGCUGUCUGCUGUGGAUGGCUCGGUGGGAAUUGUAUAGGAUAGUAUUUGUAUCAUAUGCAACCAACAAAGAAGAGAUAUCAUGUUUGUGUUAUAGGCCAGUGUUCACAAGUGUGUAUAACAAAUCCAAGGGGAAUAUAUACAACACCACAGAAGCAUCACCUCUUAUCGCUAACGAUAAAACCCCACCAAUACACAGGAAAAUAGAAUCCAAGUACUCCCUACCUAAGUCUCUGCUCCCUAGCCCAUUGCUUAUCUGUAUGACCCUGAACAGUCUUCAGAUAGCGAUUGAAAUCCCUUGCUGUCUUCAAUACUUGAUCAAGAUGUUCCCAAUCGAGUCUCUCCUUUCUAUAUACGGCCAACUGGCGUGCAGUUGUCAUCGCAUUUCUGAUCUGCCUCCCAUUCAGUUCCUCCGAAGCUAGAUCAUCUAGAUGCGAUUCGAGCUCGCUGACAUUGACGU